AUGUCCAGUGACAGCCAGGCGUCGCUGAAGGGGGAGGCGGCGGUGCACUCGUCGGCCGCCUCGCAAGGCCCGCCACUCUCGCCGGCCACCGCCAAAGCGCCCGAACUGCCAGAUGAGCUGAUCCAGGCGGGUUGGUCCAAGUGCUGGUCCCGGCGGGAGAACCGGCCCUAUUACUUCAACAGGUUCACCAACCAGAGUCUGUGGGAAGUGCCCGUGUUGGGCCAGCACGACGUCAUCUCGGAUCCUUUAGGCCUGAACGCAGCGCCAGCAGAGGGCGGCGAUGCUAACCUGGGCAAUGGGCAGAGGAAGAGGCGGAGCUCCGAGGAGCAGGCGGGCGGGCCCAACAGCCUGAAACGCGCCAAGGUGAGUGUUAGCGCCGAGCCCACUACGCCCAUCUCACCCGGCGCCCCCGGCGUCAAACCCUGGAGUGAUGACAAACAAGGCGCCACCCCCGCACAGGCCGCGGCCAGCCCCGCCCCUGCUCCUUACAGGCCGGCCGUUGUCUACUGGGACCUGGAUGUCCAGACGAACGCAGUGAUCCGAGAGCACUCCCCUGCCGAGCACUUGCCCCCGCACCCUGAGAUCGAGCUGCAGCGAGCCCAGCUGGUCACCAAACUGAGGCAGCACUAUCAUGAGCUCUGCCACCAGCGAGAAGGCAUCGAUCCGCCUCGGGAGUCCUUCAACCGCUGGCUGCUGGAGAGGAAAGUGACAGACAAAGGUCAGGAUCCCGUGCUGCCCAGUGACUGCCGCCCCGUCAUCUCGCCGUCCAUGUUCAGGGAGGUGAUGAACGACAUCCCCAUCAGGCUGUCUCGGAUCAAAUAUAAGGAGGAGGCCCGCAAGCUCCUCUUCAAAUAUGCCGAAGCGGCCAAGAAGAUGAUGGACUCCAGGAAUGCCAGUCCAGAGAGCAGGAAAGUGGUCAAGUGGAACGCCGAAGACACCAUGAGCUGGUUGCGCAGGGACCACUCGGCCAGCAAGGAGGACUACAUGGACCGUCUGGAGCACCUCCGCCAGCAGUGCGGCCCUCAUGUUACAGCGGUGGCGAAAGACUCUGUGGAGGGUAUCUGCUCCAAGAUCUACCAGCUGUCGUGCGAGUACAGCAGACGCCUUCGCCACACGCACCUGGGCCUGCUGCAGGACCCGCCCACAGAGGAGGAGGGGGCAGCGGCAGCUUCGGCAACUCUGGCGGCGGACCCGUCCCCGACGCCGUCUCGACUGGUGUACUGCUACCCGCUAAGGUUGGCGCGGCCAUCGCCACCUCUGCCACGGGUGGAGCUUCACUUUGAGAACGACGUAGCCUGUCUGCGCUUUCGAGGGGAGAUGGUCAAAGUCAACAGGGGACACUUCAGCAAGCUGGAGCUGCUGUACAGGUACGGCUGUAUCGACGACUCUCGCUUUGAAAAGUUCCUGUCCAGAGUUUGGUGCUUGCUCAAACGAUACCAGGUGAUGUUCGGCGGCGCGGCCAACGAGGGUACUGGCCUCCAGGGGGCGUUGCCGGUACCAGUCUUCGAGGCUUUGAAUCGGCACUUUGGCGUUUCCUUCGAGUGUUUCGCCUCGCCUCUCAACUGCUACUUCAAACAGUUCUGCUCCGCCUUCCCCGACACAGACUGCUACUUUGGAUCGCGAGGGCCCUUCCUGUCUUUCCGUCCCGUCAGUGGCUCCUUCGAAGCCAACCCGCCGUUUUGCGAAGAGCUGAUGGACGCCAUGGUGACGCACUUUGAGGACCUCCUGGAGCAGUCGAGCGAGCCGCUGUCCUUCGUGGUCUUCGUCCCCGAGUGGCGAGACCCGGUGACACCGGCGUUGGCCCGCAUGGAGGCGAGUCGCUUCCUGCGCCACCAGAUGAGCGUGCCCGCCUACGAACACGAGUACCGAUCAGGAAGUCAGCACAUCUGCAAAAGGGAGGAGAUGUACUACCGGGCGGUCCACGGCACGGCGGUUCUCUUCCUGCAGAAUGCGGCCGGCUCGACCAAAUGGGCACCCACGCCGGAGCGGCUGGCCGAGCUGGCGGCGUCCUACCGCCCUUCGCGUGCCGCACAACCACCGGCCUCGCCGGGCCCCGCCCAGCCACCGGCCGACGCCCCCUCCAAGGCUGCCGGCCACGACGACAACAACAAUGACGGCGGUGGGGCCAGCCCGCGAGACAAGAUGAAGGAGAGGCCGUAG